AUGGCCAGACAAAGAAAUGUGUUUACGCUUGACCAAAUUGAAUCCGAGCUGGGCUACACAAUUCAUUCUUUAAAUGAUUACAGCUGUGAAGGCUCGUUCUAUUCCAAUCUCUCCCCUGUUUCCAGCGAUGCCUACACGACAGCUCAAACGGAGAUUGACACAUAUGCUGCCCAAAAACUUCAAGGCGCUGCCUUGCACCAUGAACUUGUAGAUCUGGGUCGUCUUCCUAGAGUUAUUACUAUGGGCGGAAAAACGGUGGAUAUACAACGCAAAAAUAAUACUGGUCAGCACUGCUUUGCCGUUCGGGUUCGUCACAAGUCUGGGUUUUGCUUGCCUUUGAAACUUUCUGAAAGCGAAACGUCAAGGCUCAUGAUGGUUAAAAAUUUCAUGGUAGACAAUCAAUAUGAACCAGUUUCUAUAUUCUUUAGACUUCCGAGGGAACUCCGUGACAAGAUAUAUGGUUUCUGUACCUCUAACGGAGAAUGGAAGAUUGGAGAUACCAGCACGUUCAACUCAACAACCUUUCCGGGAGCUAUAGGCGAUCCAACUGGUUUCUUCUUCCCACUAGCCACGAGCACAUCUGUUUUACAGCUAAGUAAGCAGAUACGUCAAGAGGCUCUUCCCAUUGCAUAUCGCAAAACACGCUUUCGUUUGGAUGAUAUAGAUGAUUUUAUCAAAGUGGCUAUCUCUAUUGGCGAGAUUGGGCGAGCAAACAUUGAAUCGUUGGAGUUUUCGUGGGAAAGCGGCCAAAGUGUCCUCCUCCUUCAACAACAACAACACCAAAUAGAGGAGGAUAAGUCCUCCUCUGAUAUUAUUGACGACAACUCUUCGAAACUUCCCUCUCUUCAUGUGCUAAGAGGUAUUCAACUUUUGAAGGAAUGCAGCAGGCUCAAAAAUUUACGUAUAUGGCUGGAAAACGAGCUGGUGUCCCGCACAUCGUUCGUUGACCUUCAAAAAGACCCCGGUAUUCGCGGACUUUCUUCUAUCCGAGGGAUUAAAAGGGUAGAGAUAAAUAUCCUAAAUAUCCCCUGUGAGCCUCUGGGUCAGUAUGAAAUUGUAAAGUGGUUGAGGACUAAAAUGGAAUCAACCGAUGAUGAGAUCAGAUAG